AUGAUCACCAAAUACAUCUCCACCCAUAUCAUUCAUUAUGUCCCCAGUAUCGCCAAGCAAGUUGCUGUCGCUUCGCGCUCUCUUUUGUUCGUGACCACCGUCCCACACAUCAUUGUCGACGUCGGCCAUCGGUGUUACUGUUGGCAUCGUGAUGUCGGCGUCAGCAACUGCAAGAUUUGGAAGGGGACUUUGAGCUUGGAGGUUAGCACCGUUGACCUCUUUUGGGGCAGCAUGGGCACGCUCGGCUUUGCGUUUGGAAACCCUCUCUUCCCUUUCAGAAGCACUGGCAAACCAUCCACGAGCAUCACCCAAAGGAUCGUGGCAUUCCUCGUGGCCACUCAGGAUGGUAUCUCCCACGCGGUGGGUCGUCGAUACCUCCAGUGA